GCUCAGCCCAGCCUUUCAAUCCCACGAUUCAUCGAUCUUUUAAUUUCUCGUCUUUCAGCCUACAACGCCACCUCAGUAGACAAUAACCAUGACCAUGACCACCGAUCCAUCUCACGGCAUCAACCAUGCCGCACCCCCCUGUCUACUCUGCCCGCUUCCCAAAUCGCAGAAGUCAAAGCAACAAUGUUAACUCUUCAUUGUCUCUUCCCUAACGAACUCCUCCUCGCCCUGGACAUCCUGGACCGAGGUCUCGUGAAACGCUUUGUGCGCAAUGACAACACCACCACAAUCACCACCACAUCACCAACACAGACAGAGGAUACUGAUAUGUUCUACGUCCUCUCAACAUCCACCCUCCCCCAUUCUACAGACCAUUACCUCCUCUCCAAGUCCAGGACCAGAUUGAAUCCUCAAUCUUUAACUCAUAUGGAUAUGAACAGCCCCUCAAAAGGCUACGAAGUGCGCCUACACGCAUGGAACUGCACCUGCCCGACUUUCACGCUAUCUGCGUUCCGAGAUCUCGGUCCCGAGGUACCACCAGCAAAUUCUGCUGCUGAUGCUGCUGAUGUUGAGGGGGCGAGGAAUCUAAUUUUCCCUGACCUAGACGAACCAUCCUCGGAUGCCGUUCCCACUCACUUCUCGUUUGGCGGGACCUUGACACGGGGAUCGACUAAGUCCUCUCCGCCGGUCUGUAAACAUCUGCUUGCUUGUUUGUUGGCUGUACGUUGUUUCGGGCUGGUUGGGCUGGGAGAGGAAGGUGUUGUUGAGGUUCGAGUUGAGGAAGGGGAAUUGGCGGGUUGGGGGGCUGGGUGGGGGGGAUGAUAUGGGAUGUGAUGAAGUAUAUACGUGAUGCGGUGGCUUUGAUACAGC